CUACAAAAUUGAAAAGAACAUUUCAAUAAUUAGUAGAGUAAUCUAGUCAAAACUAAAGUCACGUGAUCAGGAAGAGACUUUUUGUAUGCUUUAAAAGAGUGUUUUAUUUAUAGACAUAGAAAACACGCCAAAUUUUGAAACGAGAAAUUGACUACACAACUCAGUUAUUUGCGUGUGUGCCGUGCAUUAAUUUGUUGACUUCAAAGAGUUUCAUUUUAAAUAAAUAAAAAUAAAAAAAUGAGUUCAAGAGGAUUCUUGCUAAGAAUGCCUGAUGAUGAUUCAUACGAACAAGCUGAUCGAAUUCCUUUAAGUCCAAAUAUUAUUGUCUCACGAGCAGACUUUUUUGACGCUCAGGAUGGAGAUAGUGAAUCACCAGCAAUGUCAUUAACCGGAGCACCAACUUCUCAGAUGCCAAAAAGCCCGGAAUUAGAAGAACCUGAUCAAUUGUCUAAUCAAAUUUCAGCUGCGUAUGAAGUUCCACAAUUCCCAAUCGAACAAAUUGAGAAGAAGUUGCUGUUGCAGCGUCAUUUGACUGCCAAAGUAAUGGAAAUCGAUAGACAUUCAAUGGCAGGUGAUGUUCAUCAGCCUGAUGAUGCCAUUUCACUUGACGAGCACGAUUUCGUUCCACAUUUUCAGCGCGUCUCAAUUUCAGGCGAAGAUACAUCAGGCGUGCCACUAGAGGAUUUAGAAAAGGCAUCACAUUUAUUAAUUCAAGCACUGGAACUACGUGAGCGUUAUAUGACAAUGUCCCAUCAAUCAUUUCCACAAACACUUGGCAGAUUUGUACGUAAACGUCAGGAGAAGGAUGCAAAUGUUUAUCAUCAUGAUGAUAAGAAGAGUAUUGCUGAACAUCCUGUAAAUCCACCUCCUCGUGAUGCUCCUUGGGCUAUUGAUCUUUUAGAAGAUUUAGACUGCACACUUAAGGCAGAACAUGGAAUAUUUCAAGUUUAUCGUAAUGCUGAAUGUACAGACAAGUAUGACUAUCCAACACCAAAAGUAUCGGAAUUUAUACAAGACAUGCAGACAAUGUGCACGAUGAUUGCUGAUGGACCAUUAAAGUCAUUCUGUUAUAGACGAUUAAGCUACUUGUACUCAAAGUACCAACUUCAUGUUUUACUCAAUGAACUUCGUGAAUUGGCAUCUCAAAAGGCAGUUCCACAUCGUGAUUUCUACAACAUCAGAAAGGUUGAUACUCACAUUCACGCUGCCAGUGCCAUGAAUCAGAAGCAUUUGUUGCGAUUUAUUAAGAAGACAUUGAAAACUAAUGCUGAUGAGGUUGUUACUGUGACAAGAUCCGGACAACAAAUGACUUUGCAAGAAGUUUUUAAAUCUAUGAAUCUCACAACUUAUGAUCUCACUGUUGAUAUGCUGGAUGUUCAUGCUGAUCGCAACACAUUUCACCGUUUUGACAAGUUUAAUGCCAAAUAUAAUCCAAUUGGCGAGUCACGCUUACGUGAAGUGUUCCUUAAAACUGACAAUUUUCUAAAUGGAAAAUAUUUUGCGCAUAUCAUAAAAGAGGUUGCGUCAGAUUUCGAGGAAUCAAAGUAUCAAAAUGCUGAAUUGCGUUUAUCAAUUUAUGGAAAGUCGCGAGAUGAAUGGGAAAAAUUAGCAAAAUGGGGCAUUGAACAUAAUGUCUAUUCAGAUAAUAUCCGUUGGUUAAUUCAAGUGCCACGAUUGUAUGAUAUUUUCAAGACAAACAAAAUGUUGAAAUCAUUCCAGGAGAUAAUUGACAACAUCUUUUUGCCAUUGUUUGAAGCGACUGCAUAUCCGAGUAAGCAUCCAGAAUUAUAUAAAUUUUUACAAUAUGUUAUUGGCUUAGAUUCGGUUGAUGAUGAGAGUAAGCCUGAAAAUCCUCUAAUUGAUGCGGACAUGCCGAAACCAGAGGAAUGGACUGAUGAUGAGAAUCCACCAUAUUCUUAUUAUAUUUUCUAUAUGUACUCAAAUUUAACUGUACUGAAUAACUUCCGUAGAGAACGUGGACUCAAUACGUUCGUCUUACGUCCUCAUUGUGGUGAAGCUGGUGCUGUUCAGCAUCUUGUUUGUGGAUAUUUAAUGGCUGAAAAUAUUUCUCAUGGAUUAUUAUUGAGAAAAGUUCCAGUUCUUCAAUAUUUGUAUUAUUUAGCUCAAAUUGGAAUCGCCAUGAGUCCAUUGAGCAACAACUCAUUGUUUUUAAAUUAUCAUCGUAAUCCACUCCCAGAAUAUCUUGCGCGUGGUCUUAUUGUUUCAUUAUCAACUGAUGAUCCAUUGCAAUUCCAUUUCACAAAGGAACCCUUAAUGGAAGAAUAUUCAAUUGCCGCACAAGUAUGGAAGUUGUCAUCAUGUGAUAUGUGUGAAUUGGCAAGAAAUAGUGUCAUUAUGUCUGGAUUUGGACAUAGUGUCAAACAGCAUUGGUUAGGACCGAAUUAUACAAAAGAAGGAGUUGCUGGCAACGACAUAACACGCACAAAUGUUCCGGAUAUUCGCGUUGCUUUCCGUCAUGAAACUUUAUUGGACGAAUUGGCAAACAUCUUUAAAGUUGCAAAUGAAAGUACAUAGGGCUACGAGAAUGAGGGGUUUAAAGAGGACGAUGAAUGGGAUAUGGAUACUUAAGACUUAUAAGUCCUCUACUCCAAAAUUGAUAAAACAUACAAAAAAAUAAGUUGUUGGGCACCACAAAAAAAAAUCUAUAAAAUUGUUGUUGACUAUAGAAUUACUAUAUAAUCAUUAAUAUCCAAUAGAGUCGUAGGUAAUUUACUUUAUAGAGUAAAGACAAAAACAAAAUUAUUCAGGACCAUGCGACAUUAAAUAAAUGCUUCAUUAGUGUCUUACCAACAGGGGUGUAGCUACAUAUUUACGAGAGGUACAGAACAUAUGUUGAAAAUUUUCAUUCAAAGGGGUUUCUGACCACAAACUUCUAUCCUUUAAGCUACGCCUCUGCUCAUCAAUAUAGCCAAAACAAAUGAAUUUUUCAAUCAACACGAAUUUUAUUGGUUGUAAGAAGUAACUGGUUUAAGAAAUGUUUAUUGAUCGGGAUUUAAAGAAGUGUGUUUUGAGCACUUUUCUGAACAGGCUGGUGUGGCAUCAAAACAUAAUUUGAAAUGAUCCCAGUCAAUCAACAGCUCAAACAAAAAUCUUUAUUAAAUGCUUUUUAUUCAAUAAUCCAGCAUAUACACACAUAUAUAUCAAAUAUGAACACACCAUAAAUAUUUUUCAUCCAAGAGUAAGGGACGAUAUGUAGAAGGUAAUUGCCAUUUAUAAGAUAAGAAGUUUAAGGAUAUUAUAAUGUGAUGUUUUGUAAUAUCAUUAAUUAAUUAGAAAAUCAUAAAAACAUACUGAAUUUAUCUGAAACUCCAAUUAAUCAUGUGUGUAAGCAUCUGCAACACUUUUGACUCUUCAUGAAUCUUUUCUUACUAAUUAGUGAACAGGAAGAAACAACUUUUUUAUCUCUAUAGAUUUAGAGUCAAUUGUAGCGAGGUUGACUCGAUUAUGAAAUAAAUCAGUAGCUAUUCUAUUUAAAAUUGUAGACUCUUGUAACUCUUACUGUUGAAAAAUGAAUAUGAAAUAAAAUAUUUUAGGAAUCAAA